AGAUAUCCAAUUGAAAAACCCUUAAUUUUUAUGCUCAUGGAGACCACUACAGAUUCUUCUUCCAGCUCACAACAACCACAUCUCCCUCCUGGUUUUCGAUUCCAUCCAACAGACGAAGAGCUCGUUGUUGAUUACCUAAAAAAGAAAGCUUCUUCAUCUCCACUGCCAGUUAAUAUUAUUGCCGAAGUUGAUCUUUACAAGUUUGAUCCAUGGGAGCUUCCUGGUAAGGCGACGUUUGGAGAUCAGGAAUGGUAUUUCUUUAGUCCUAGAGACAGGAAAUAUCCCAAUGGUGCAAGACCUAAUCGAGCUGCAACAUCUGGGUACUGGAAAGCAACUGGAACUGAUAAACCAAUCUUAACCUCCGGUGGGACUCAAAAGGUUGGG